UAAGUCAGUAAGUAAUUAAAAAAGCAAUCUAAUAAAACAAUAAAUAACUAACUAACUUGCUUACUAACGAAGUGACUUAAUUAGCUAAUCACUAAGUGAAAAGCGUAAAUCAACAAAAUAAUCAAUUUUUUCAAAAUUUCUUGCUUUAUCAAUCAAUAAAUUAAGUUUUUACCUUAAAUCAAGUGUCAAACUUGUGAUAUUCUUGCACUACGCUAUUCCUGUGCCUAAAUGUUUUGCACCCUAUGCACCAAUACUAUUAACCCUUUAAAUAUAAGAAUAAAUAAUGAAUUUAGAAAAUAAAUUUAGAGGAGAAAGGAUUGUAAAAAAAGAUUGUUGGUUUUGUUAGUAUCUUCGUUUGUUUUUGAAGGAGUAAGUAACUAACUAACUAACUAACUAAGUAAUAAUUAAAAAAGCAAUCUAAUAAAACAAUAAAUAACUAACUAACUUGCUUACUAACGAAGUGACUUAAUUAGCUAAUCACUAAGUGAAAAGC